AUGGCACAGCGAGCAACGCAGUAUCUUGAGCAGCCAGCAAGAGGGAAUCUCCCCGGCACCAGGCCCCUCAGUGUGGAGGAAUACGAAUGUCUUGCCACCACGCACCCAUACGCAGUCAAGCACCUGGUGACAAAGAAGGUGGCACCAGGUUUGUGUGCAGAUGCCGUCAAGCGGCUUCCAGCAACGCGAUUACCCACAGCGCUGGAUGCAGCCAAUCAAGUACAGGCGGGGAAAUGCUGUUCCGCAGUGGGCGGUGGGAGACAAGGGUCAAGAUUCCUACUUUCAGAUAAGGAAGCCGUUGUGCGCCGCAGUAUCGCGCAGGGACAUGUUCGGACGGGUGCGGCCAAAACGCAACGCAUGCACACCAACGGGAAUGUCGUCGAUCUUCAGCCAUAUGCAAGCCCUCCCUACAGUACCGAGAAUCACGAGACACGCGGGUUUGCUCAAUUUGUGACCGGCCAAGUGGGAGAACAGCAACUAGUCUCAAAUAUUGCAAAAUUCCCAACAUUCGAUGGCUCCUCUACAGGGCGCCAAGGUAUUCAAGCAGUCGACUGCUUUUCAAGCGGCAACAGCAAAGAUGGUAGAAAGCUAAUCCUGCAUGAUUGUGCAGCUGUCACCAACCCGGAGCAUUAUCACAAAGAUGAAUUGUGGCAAGCGCGUCUUUCUGGUUUCCAUUCUCCAGUGAAACGCACUAGAUGCCCUGAACAGACAUUGGCUUACCAGAGGAGCUUCACUAGGAUAGAUAAGACCAAAUCGUCAUGCCCAAUCCAUCAUAACGGCGAGAAUUCAGAUUCAGCGAUUGUGCCCUCGCUGGAAACGGAUCCAACCAGGCAGUAUGAGUUCAGUAGGGAUCGGGAAUCUGCGAGGGGUUCAGGGAGGAUGGGGAGCGUGGGAGGCUCGCAUAAAGCAUCUGCAGACAAGGAACGGUGUUCGCCAGGGGGGCAUGAAGAGGGCUCGAGGCAGCGCGAAGUGAGUGGGCACUUAGGCGAGGUGCAGGUUUCUGGGAGUAGCAAGGAAAUGCGCAGUGGGCGCUGUGGAGCAGACGCAAGCCGAGAUGGCGGCGAGACUAGUAGGUCUAUGAAGGCUACUGAGGGAGGACGCGGAGAACAGCUGCGAGAAGGUGGGGGGACAGCAGAAGCGGGGGCAAGUCGCAUUUUUAAAGGGAACGACAAAGUCCGUCGUGUGACACAUCCAGAGGAGCAGACUCAGUUGCGCAGCAGUGUUGGCUCCUCAAUGCGCAACACUGCAUUCACAGGAACAGAACCUGCCAAUUCGGGAGAGUUUGUGUGUACUAGUUCGGGAGGCACGGGAUAUAGGAGCAGCGAAUUGAAGGCGAGGUCUCAACAAAACGCCGAUGGGAGGCCACCAAGCGAGCGAAGAGGAUUUGCAGCAGGCGUAUCUGAAGGAGAUAUGAGGAGGGUUGGGCCAAACGUGUCUGAUCAGGCUAUGCAUGUCGUAGUUCGACGCUCAUCGCGAAGGAAUCUGUACCCCGACUUCGCACCACUACUCUAUUAA